AUGUAUUUUUUUCUUUUAAUUGUGAGUAUAGAGCAAAAUAUUGUAAACUCUCAUUAAUUUGUUGCAGAAGAAAAAUCUGCAGUCUAUCAAGUAGAAUCUGAUGAGUUUGAGUCUGUUAAAGUAUUCACCUUGCAUUUUCAAAAAUAUCUGUUAAAAUUCUUGAACAUGAAUUAGAGCUAGUAAUUGCAGCUGAAGUAGCAUUUUCAAUAGUAGUUUGAUUAGAUUGAAAUUCUAAAGAAAAAGCUAAAUUUAAUUUCCAAAUAACUCUCUGUAGUUGAGUAAAGGUAAAUAGCUGAUGAUAAAGCUAGAAAACAACUUGAAGAAGAGAGGACUGAACUUUGUAAUCAAAACUCAAUUCUUGUUAUUGAGAAAAAUGCUCUAAAAAAUGAAAUAAUUGAACUCAAAGUUAGAUUUAGAGAACUAAACUAAAAGUUUGUUUAGCAGACUGAAAAGGAAAUGUAAUAGGAAAAAAAUCUUAUGUCUCUUUAAGAAUAAAUCAUCUGUAUUAAUUAGGAGAGAAACAAAACAAUUUCAAUCCUAUUUGAGCAUUACUUGCAAAGCCAUUGCUAAGAGGAGACAAUAAUAAUUGAGAAAUCUUUAAAUGAGAUAAUUGCAUAAAGAGAUAUAGUUGCUGAAUUGAAAAUAAAGACUGCAAAGGAUUAAGAAGAUAAGAUAUGGGAGCAUCAUUUAGAAAUGAAACCUCCAAUACAUAAGAACUAAGGAGGAUGGUUUAUGAAGCUGAAAGAAUUCAUUAAGUUAUAUUUUUGA